ACCUCAGCUUAGGAAAAUUCCUUUUAUUCUUCACCAGCAGAGGAUGGAGAAAGAAUGCUUUCAGCUCUACAAUCAGAAAGCGUAAUAUCUUUCUUAUUCAACAUUCGAAGGUUGGAUUGUUGUUCACCGUACCACAACUGAAGGUACGUAGUCGGUACGAGGCAAAAUUCAAGGAGGAAAACAUUUGGGAGCAACCUGCCAAUCAGCACAGAGUCACACUUGCAUUUAAAAGUGAAUUGGAGAAUGCGUGGAAUGCUCUACUUGUUGAUUAUGAUGUUUCUAGUGACUCAUGGCUUCGUACCAUUUUUUUGGUGAAGGAAAAAUGGGCUUGGGCAUAUGUUCGCAUAACAUUCACCGCAGGUAUGAGAUCCACUCAAUUAAGUGAGAGCUUGAAUGCUGACUUUGAUAUGUUUUUGCUAAUUUGGAUGUUGCAGUACGUAGUGAUGUUAUUAUUGUUUUUUGUUAAUUUACAUUGUGGAUAGCAUUUUGCAGACUUAUUAAAUUGAAACUUGAAGCUA